GUUCAGAUCGGAAGCCGGCCCAGGAUGCCAGUGUGUUCGCGACAUGGCAUGGGGUCUUUUUAGUUUGGCGUUUGUCUGCAGGAGAAGACAGCCUUUCCUCCGACCCAUCGAGACAGCGUUUCAUUCUAACUCCAAGGGUGUUUUGGCGAAAAUUGUAGCGUUUGGCAGUGUAAUAACCCCAUUCACUUCCGGAUUCGGUUCUAGUGUUAACGUUCAGGUGUCCAGGCAAAGCAGCAUGUCGUCCAUCGCCAUGUCCCAGAGAAUGGUUUGGGUGGACCUAGAAAUGACAGGUCUGGACAUUGAGAAGGACCAGAUCAUUGAGAUGGCAUGCAUUAUCACAGACUCUAACCUGAACAUUUUGGCUGAGGGUCCCAACUUGAUCAUUAAUCAGCCAAAUGAGCUGCUGGAAGGAAUGUCAGAGUGGUGUAAAGAGCAUCAUGGAAAGUCAGGACUGACGCAGGCUGUACAGGACAGUAAAAUCACCCUGGAACAAGCGGAGUAUGAGUUCCUGUCUUUCGUCAGACAGCACACCCCGCCGGGACAGUGUCCCCUUGCCGGUAACUCUGUGCAUGCAGACAAGAGGUUCCUGGACAAGUACAUGCCACAGUUUAUGUAUCACCUUCACUACAGAAUUAUUGAUGUUAGCACCAUUAAGGAGCUUUGCAGGCGGUGGUUUCCAGAGGAAUACAAAAUGGUGCCUCACAAGAAAGCUGCCCACAGGGCCUUGGGUGACAUCCAGGAGAGCAUUAAAGAGCUGCAAAACUAUAGAGUCAACGUCUUCAAAGCCUCAACAGAGGAGAAGAAGCACAAGAUUGUAGAAAAUGGAGGCAGCUGUAACAAUUAGCACUUUUGACGGAGGCUGUGGAAACUUCAAUGUUGUCUUCCCUUAGUUCUUCAAGAAAGCAGUAUAUUUAUGUGAUUGUUUUCAUUGACUUUAGUUUUCAUUCAUAUAUAGCUGCCCAAUGAUCUUUUUUUUCAGUAUUGCUCAAAGGUAAAUGGUUAAGUUGUAUAAGCAAGAUUCUUAUACAAUUUGAGAAAGCAUCAGGUUUUUAUUAAAUUACAACAUAAAACUGGAAAAUUUGCUAUUCUGAAGCACUUUCUUGAAGAAAGUGAAAACUUUGUUGGCAAUCUAAGUCAAUAAAGUGGUGAAAUCAUCAGGUUUUCAUGAAACUGGAAAAUUUGCUGUUCUGGGGCAGUUUCUUGAAGAAAAGUCAUGUAAACUAUGUUUACUUAUACAUAAUCCACUUUUGAGAUUUUCUUGGCCUGAAAGGUGAAAAAGCAGCCUAAGCAGUAAAGUGGUGAAAGCAUCAGGUAUUGAUGAAAAAAAAAUGAAACUGAAAAAUCUGCUGAUAUGAGGCACAUUCUUAAAGAAAGUCAUGCAAAUCAUUUUUUGUUUCACAAAAUCCACUUUUGAGCUAUUCUCUGCCUGAAAGGUAAGCUAAAAAGGUGAAUAGGCAGCUUCUAGAAGAAAAGUGGUAAGAGCAGAGGUAUGAUUAAAACAACAUAAAAUUGAAAAAUGUGUUAUUCUGAGGCACUCUUUUGUGUGUCUAUUAGUGCAAGUAAUCUCAGAACUAAUAAUUCCAAAAAUAUUUGUUUCAUAAACUACUUUUGGGAAAAAUGGGUUUUUAUCCCACAUCAAAGUAAACCAAAAUGGUUUAUUUUUGUUCUAUUCAACGGACUCUGACAUUGGAUUACUCAAAAAGUACACAGUAAAAGUAGUUCAUAAAAUGUGUGCAAGUAGUGUCAGAAGUACUAUGUUCAAAAAUAAAAGGUUCAUGAACUACAUAUGGAAGAACACUUUGAAGAAAAUGCCUAUUCUUGUUUACUGGAAUUGAUUUUGACAUUGGAUUAUUGAAAAACUACACAGUUAAAGUAAUUCAUAGUAUUUGUGUAAGUAGUCUAAUAAGUAUUUAGUCCAAAAGUAUUAGAUUCAAAUAUCCCGACUCAAAAGUUUGACAAAAAGGCUGAAUCUUGGUCUCUGAAACGGACUUUGACAUUGGAUUAUUCUAAAAGUACACAGUAAAGGUAGUUCAUAGUAUUUGUGCAAGUAUCCAAGAAAUACUUAGUAAAAUUAUGUCAGACUUAAAACUACUUAUUGAAGACAGGUUUAUUAUCCUGCAUCAAAGUAAGAUGAAUAAAGGCUGAAUUUUGGUCUCUGGAA